ACAAUGUCAUAAUAACUAAUCCCUCGUUCCACAUUCUGGAUUACUUUAUUAUAAAUCAUCGUCGUAAAGUGCUUCUUUCAAUCUACUUUCACCUCAUCGAUGACGAGAUUUCUUCAAUUUUUUAUUUCAAUGGUGGAAAAAUAAGAAAAUAAAUUUUCUUUUUGGUAAAAUUGAAUCAAAGCACAGUUGCGUGUUUGCAUAUAUAUAUAUGUGUAAAGGAGUCUGAGUAGUUAAACCGUUGAAGAAACGACACACAUUCUUGGGUAUCCCUCAUGGCAUUGGAACGCUUUAAGAUAACGUAAAAUUACAGAGAAUUAGUGACAGUCGUAGUUCGACCGCGGCGCGUUGAAGCCUUUCGCGCCACUUCUAAAACUCCCGCAGCAUUGAACAAUCUUCGACAAAUGUCUAUAAACAAGUGAAAGUGAUUCUUAACCGUGACAUUAUGCAAAAAUUUCAAUAGUACGUGAAAUUUCAAAAAUUUUAAUUCACUUUUAAAAUGCAAUGACAAAUUUUCCAAUUCAAAUUUCAAAUUUACAAAGAAAUUGAAAAAAAACUGAAUAUAGUUUUUGUGUAACGUAUUUUUUUCUUUUUCGAAAAUGAAAACAAGUUUUUUAUAAUUGUGAUUUGUAAAGGAUCGUCGUGAUCCAAGGAUAUUUUAUUAUUUAAUCGUCUUGAAGGAGAUAGGAUCAAGGAUACGAUGAACAAAGCAGAAUUAAAUAUUGUCCUGCGGGCGGAAUCCCCGAGAAGUUCCACGACCAUGAAUCACUCUCAUAUUCCGGUUCCAAAAAUUUCGAGUACAAUAAAGUUGCACGACCGUCUACCGCCAAGGCGUGAAUCAUUGGAGAAAUCAUCAUCAUCAUCGGGAAAAUCAAUAUCAGUGGCGGCGCAGCGAGCGGCUUUUGAAAAAUUAGACGCUAAUGCAACUGUUUGUCAAAAAUUACGUAACAAUUUGAAUUUAUCUAAUGUUGAACUACGACAUUCCGAGGGGAGAUCGUCGCCUGCAAGGAAAUUUGAAUAUAGUCCACUAAGUCCAAAAUUAAAUAAUUCACGUCUCAAUGGGCCGUGCAGUCCAACUUUAAAUCGAAGUAAUAGCUUUUUGGAGAAUAAAUGGAAAAAUAAAUUUGAGGACUCGGAAAAGCGGCGGAAACUUUUGCUACAAAAAAGCGAAUCUGUAAAUAAAGAAAAUUCCGAUUUAGAGAAGAAGUAUCAACAAUUGCAGAGGCAGAAUAGUAAUCUUCAAUCGCAAGUACAUGAUAAGGAACAAAAACUCCAAAAGUUGCGGACAGUUUCCGAGGCGGUCUGUAAAGAGUAUGAGCAGCUUAAGAGGCAAUAUGACGUCGAGACAGGAGCAAUGCAUAAAGCUAUGCAGCAAGCAUCUCAAUGGUACAGACAGAAUCGAGAACUUAAAAGAAGAUCUCAGGUGAUAGCACAAAAGAUAUUGGAAUCCAAUCCGGAAGGACUGCCGGAUGUCGAUUUGUCCGAUGAGGUUGACUCAAAUAAUGAAGAUCUUGAACAACUUCGAGAAACUGUUCGAGAUCUAAGUCAAGAAGUUGCAAAAUUACAAACAGAAUUAAAUUCAGCUCGUUUACAAGAAUUCGAAGCUCAAGAACAAGUUACACUUUUAACUUCUCAACUCGAAGAGGAAAGAACAGCUCGACAGAGUGAGGAAGAAAAAAUGAGGGAAUUAAAGCAGCAAAAGGAAAAUAUGGAACGUAUUACAAGAAUGGUUGCCGAAGAGGUGCAGACUUUAAAAACUCAAUGUGAUAGCGAGAGAGAAAACGCCAAAUUGAUGAAAAUAGAAGCAGACAGAGUUCAAAAGGAACGUAAUAUCCUUGCACAUCAGUCGGCGCUUCUCAUGGCAGAAAUAGGCGACGAGCCGGGAGGAAGGAUGAUGACCGUCCUUCAAGAAGUCGAAUCUUUGAAAAGGUUGUUAGAAGAAGAGCAACAGAGUCACGCAACUCAGAUUCAACUUCUUCAAGAUAAAUUGGAGGAGAAGGAGUCGAAUGUAGAAUUUGAAAUUGUCGAAGAAAAGUUGAAACUCGCCGAGUCGGAGCUUGAGAUGGUUAUGCAGAAAGCGGAAAGAGCUGAAAAGAGAGCCGCAAACUUGGAGGAAGUCGUGAAAGAUUUGGAAAGCAAAAUAACUGUAAUGGAGGAAAAACGGAAUCAACCGCCACCACCACCACCUCCGCCUCCACCUCCUCCACCACCGCAAAUGCUUUCCAAUAAUCAAUCGUCUCUUAAAUUAAUUACCAGGGAGAAAUUAAAUAACGAUAGAGAAUCGGCCGUUACCGAUAUGGAAAAAAUGCUCGGCAUCACCAAGAAGCCGACUACAAUUCCCCAGCAGCCAGCCAUUGAUGACAUCAUCAACCAGAUAAAAGGAGGAAGGUUCACUCUCAAGCACACAGAGAAAGAGAGAGAUGAGGAGCGAAAACGAAAACAGGAAAUGGAAAAACCGCCAGCAGUUUCGGAAAUGUUAAAUAUUUUAGGAACCAUGAGGAGACGAGCAAAGCCAUUAAGACAGUCUUUCAAAUUUUUAAAUGAUUCGUCAUAAUAUAAUUUUUAAUUUUACAACACUCGUGCCAAGAAUUUAAAUAAUAAUAAUUUAAUAAUUAAGAUCCUUAGGUUAAGGAAAAUUAAAAAAAUGAAAUUUAUAAAUAAGUUGCAUUCAAAAUGCAGUAAAUAGUUAUUUUUUACAUUGUAGUCUAAAUACAGACUUGGGAUUUUUCACUUUGAAGAUGGAAGUCUAAAAAUAAAACAACUUUUUUUAUGAGAAGCAA